AUGGCUUCUGGGUCGAUGCCGACGGAUAAGUUGGUGGUGUUUGGUGAACAUCGAGAGGACUGCACUGCCUUGAUCAAUCAAUUUACCUUGAACCAUUUUGUACCCACCUACGAUCCUACUAUCGGGGAUGACUCAUUCCGAGUACAAGCUGUAAUCGACGGGAAACCAAGCUUGAUAGAAGUUCUCAGUACGGCUGGGCAGGAAGAAUAUACUGCUUUGAGGGACCAGUACAUAAGAGAUGGAGAUGGAUUCCUUGUCGUAUACAGCAUAACCUCGCGGAAGUCAUUCCAUGCUGUGACCCAUUACAUCGAUCAGAUAGAACGUGUCAAAAGCCCCAACUCCCAGACAUCCAUCUACAAAGCCGUCUCACUACGAAUAAUGCUAGUUGGAAACCGAUGCGAUAGGGUUACAGAAAGAGAAAUUUCCACACAGGAGGGGUAUAUCUUCGCUAAAGAGCACGGGAUCGAUUUUGUUGAGGCCUCAGCGAAGAACUGCAUCAAUGUAGAAAAGGCAUUUUACGACGUGGUCCGAGAAUUGCGGAAACAGAGAGCAGCAGCCGCUCUCCUGGUGGCUUCAGCGUCGGCAUUCGGAGCGAUUUUCUCGCCUACGCCAUAG